UGUUGUCAUGGGGGAGGUGGUGGCGCUUGGUGGCUACUGGCGGCCGCGGUAGAGACAGUGGCUCUGGAGUUGGUCGGGGGCAGCGGCAGAUCUGGGCCUCAAGCAACUUCUUCCAGAGAAGAGGGCCAGUGCAGCUGCUUUUGCAACCGAAGAUCUCCAUAUCCAUAGAUUAGAAUAUUGGUGGGCCAGCCAUCCUCAGAUACCUCACUUAGGACAGAUGAGGAAACUGAGGCUUGGUGAAGUCACGAAACUUGUCCAAAGUCACACAGCUUGUAAAGGGCACAACCAAGAUUCAGAGACAGGUUGUAAAAAUUAAAAUGAACAAGCUACGGCAAAGUUUUAGGAGAAAGAAAGAUGUUUAUAUUCCAGAGGCCAGCCGUCCACAUCAGUGGCAGACAGAUGAAGAAGGGGUUCGUACUGGAAAAUGUAGCUUCCCAGUUAAGUACCUUGGCCAUGUAGAAGUUGAUGAAUCAAGAGGAAUGCACAUCUGUGAAGAUGCUGUAAAAAGAUUGAAAGCUGAAAGGAAGUUCUUCAAAGGCUUCUUUGGAAAAACUGGAAAGAAAGCGGUUAAGGCAGUCCUGUGGGUGUCAGCAGAUGGACUCAGAGUUGUGGAUGAAAAAACUAAGGACCUCAUAGUUGACCAGACAAUAGAAAAAGUUUCUUUCUGUGCCCCAGAUAGGAACUUUGAUAGAGCCUUCUCUUACAUAUGUCGUGAUGGCACCACUCGGCGCUGGAUCUGUCAUUGCUUCAUGGCUGUCAAGGACACAGGUGAAAGACUGAGCCAUGCAGUAGGCUGUGCUUUUGCAGCCUGUUUAGAACGUAAACAGAAGAGGGAGAAGGAAUGUGGAGUGACUGCUACUUUUGAUGCCAGCCGGACCACUUUUACAAGAGAAGGAUCAUUCCGUGUCACAACAGCCACUGAGCAAGCAGAAAGAGAGGAGAUUAUGAAGCAAAUCCAAGAUGCCAAGAAAGCUGAAACAGACAAAACAGUUGCUGGUUCAUCAGUGGCCCCUGGCAACACUGCCCCAUGCCCGUCUUCUCCCACUUCUCCCACUUCGGAUGCCACUGCCUCUCUGGAAAUGAACAAUCCUCAUGCCAUCCCCCGCCGCCAUGCGCCCAUUGAGCAACUUGCUCGCCAAGGCUCUUUCCGAGGAUUUCCUGCUCUUAGCCAGAAGAUGUCACCCUUUAAACGCCAGCUAUCCCUGCGUAUCAACGACUUGCCUUCCACUAUGCAGAGGAAGACUGAUUUCCCCAUAAAAAAUGCAGUGCCAGAGGUAGAAGGAGAAGCAGAGAGUAUCAGCUCCCUGUGCUCACAGAUCACCAAUGCCUUCAGCACACCCUCCGAGGAUCCCUUCUCAUCCGCCCCAAUGACCAAACCAGUGACAGUGGCAGCACCACAGUCUCCUGCCUUUCAAGGGACUGAGUGGGGUCAGUCUUCUGAUGUGGCCUCUCCAGGUCUCUUCCAGGCUGGUCACCGACGUACUCCCUCUGAGGCUGACCGCUGGUUAGAAGAGGUGUCCAAGAGUGUCCGGGCUCAGCAGCCCCCAGCUUCAGCUGUCCCUCUGCAGCCAGUUCUCCAGCCGCCUCCACCCACUGCCAUCCCCCAGCCAGCGCCGCCUUUCCAAGGGAGUGCAUUCCUCACCUCUCAGCCUGUGCCAGUGGGUGUGGUCCCACCCCUGCAGCCAGCCUUUGUCCCUGCCCAGGCCUAUUCUGUGGCCAAUGGGAUGCCCUAUACAGCCCCUAAUGUGCCUGUGGUGGGCAUCACUCCCUCCCAGAUGGUAGCCAACGUGUUUGGCACUGCAGGCCACCCUCAGGCUGCCCACCCCCAUCAGUCUCCCAGCCUGGUCAAGCAGCAGACAUUCCCUCAGUAUGAGACAAGCAGUGCUACUGCCAGUCCCUUCUUUAAGCCUCCUGCCGAGCACUUCAACGGUUCUGCAGCUUUCAAUGGGGUAGACGAUGGCAGGUUGGCCUCAGGAGACAAGCACACAGAGGUUCCUACAGGCACCUGCCCAGUGGAUCCUUUCGAGGCCCAGUGGGCUGCAUUAGAAAGCAAGUCCAAGCAACGUACUAACCCCUCCCCCACCAACCCAUUCUCCAGUGACUUACAGAAGACGUUUGAAAUUGAACUUUGAGCAGUCCCUAUGGCUUAUGUGUUUUGUCCUUACUUAGGCGAGGGUGGGGUGGGGUGGGGGUGAAGGUCAAAGGAGCAAAGGAGACUUUGUGUCCCCAUUCAGUACACUUUUCACUAAUCCCAAAGGUCCCAAGGAGCAUAUCUAGGCAUGGAGUGCUGUGCGGGGUGAUUUUUGGAUAAGUGGAGAAAAUCAUUCCUAGAGAAGAGCUGUCCUAGUUAGGCUAAAGAAGUCAAAAAAUGUUGCCCUCUGUCCCCCUUCUCCUGCCUCAACCCCUUACAAAUCUCUGGCAACAGAGAGGCACACAUAUCUGAACUGGAACCUGUAUUCAAAGCACAUUUACUGGAAUAUAAAACAACGGGAAGCAAAACGAUCUCCCUUUGUUUUCAGGCCAUGCACCUGCCUCCUCUCAGUACUGGCCGGUCUUAGAGAUUGAGAACAGGGGUGGCCUGUUCUUGGGCAGGGACGAGAGGCAGGCGCUGCCAGAAUUCCUGGAGGGCGCAUCAGCAGCUGUGCAGCAGAGCUAUAUUUUAGGGGUAAAUUUGAGCUUCCAUUUUGAGUAAGAAUAAAUAUUAUAAAUAUAUAUCAAAAGAGCCAAAAUCUUUAUUUUUAUGCAUUUAGAAUAUUUUAAAUAGUUCUCAAUAUUAAAAAGUUGUAUGAGUUGUAAGUAAUCUUGCCAAAGGUAAAGGGUUAGCUGUAAGAAAUUGUACAUAAGAUUGAUUUAUCAUUGAUGCCUAUUGAAGUAAAAAGAGGAAAAGCUGGAGGUGCAGAUGGGAUCCCUAGCUUACUUGGUAUCAGUCAUUGUAAGUAGCACAUUGCAACAACAAUCAUGCUCAUGACCAAUACAGUCACUAGGUUGUAGUUUAAAUAAAGAAAAUGAAAGAGUAGUAUUGUCCUGGUUUUAAACCUAUGAUGAAAUUCUAAUGUCAUUAUUUUAAUGGAAUCAAUCUAAAUAUGCUCUAUAGAGAAUAUGUAUUUUCUUUUAUAUGUUGCUGCAGUUCCCUUAUGUUAAUCUUUUACUUUGUUUUAACACUAAGGUGACAAUGACAUCAUAUCCAUAGAUUGGAACACAGGUUACCGUGUUGGUUUGUCAUGUGGGUUUUGUUUUUGUCCUUUAAGUUUUGUUCCCACAAAUUUUGUGGGGAUGGAGUUUCUGGUUUUAUUUGAUGUGUUUGCCCGUGUGUGUGCGUGUGUGUGUGUGUGUGUGUGUGUAUGUGUGUGUGCGCACCUGUGUGUGCAUGUGUCCUUGUCCCCCUCCCUUGUGUGAACAGAACAUCCUGUUGCCAGUUGCAGCCACUUGACUUCUGGUAACAACGUGAGAUCCCAUCUCAUUUUUACUUUUGAACGUUGGCCUUACAAUCAAAUGUAAGUUAUAUAUAUUUGUACUGAUGAGAAUUUAUAAUCUGCUUUAACAAAAAUAAAUGUUCGUGGUAGAAGUUUUUGCCCAUGAAGGGCUGUUCUUUCCCCUUUUCUUUAUUAGCAGUUGACUUUUAGUUAUUUUUGGUCUUGCUCUGUCUCCGUUCUGCUGCUGCUGCAGCUCUCUAGUUUGGUGGCUAGAAAGUCUUUUAUUUUGUAAUAUACCUGUUUUUAUUUUUAUUUUUUCUUUAUUGACUUUUA